AUGGUGUUUAACCCAAAAGAUUCUGAACCGCUUGUAACACCGAUCGAUCUUCCAGACUCCAAGGCACGCGCCCGAAAUACCUAUAUUCUGGAGUAUUCUUGGGAAGAUUGUAUCGAGGCCUACAUGCGCAGGUUUCCCAAGCAUCCUCGCAUCACGGUUAUGGCAGAUUCGUUUAUUCUGUCUGAGGAGAAGGAUGAAUACAAAGAGCGCACCAUCAGGCGUUGUUUGCUCAAUAUCGACGUUCCUCAGGCCAUCAAAAAGGCCUUUUCCCUCUCCACAUUUAAUUUUAUCCAGGAAAUGCUGCUUGAUAGAAAAAAGCGGAGCUUUCGUCUAAAUACGACAAACGAAUUUCUUAUUGGACGCUUGGAGAUCCAUGAAAAUGUCAUUAUGGAGCCGUGGAAUAUGGAGAAACAAGUCGUGGACUACCAAAACGGAAAGUAUUGUCGUUUCUAUCAACGAGCUACACUGAAGCUGCCGGGGCUCGUGCCCUUUUCUGGGCAGAUAGAAAAAAUUGCCAUGAAAAAUUACCAAAGAAACAUGUCCAAAGGCAAGUACAUUGAUACAAAAUUCAUAUUGGAAAUGCUUGCUGAGCGCAAGGGCAUCUCUUUAAAUCUUUCUCGCUACAAGAAAAAGUUUCAAGUAAACAUGCUGUUAAGGUCAACUCCAGCCGUCAUUCUUCUGAUACUUAUUGCAGUGACUGAUCAUUUCCUUUUCGAAUAUUUAAGUCUUUAUUCCUUUUCGAUCAUUUCUGUUUUGUUGGUUUUUAUUUUCACUUUUUUUAUCGAUGUCAUUGAGCCCAUUUUGGCUAUUUAUUCAAGCAAGUUCAAACAGGCGGUUCCUGGAGCUUCUGGAAUGAUGAUUGCGGCCGCUUUGGCCGAUAGUUCGGCCAUAUCGCCAAAGCUUUUGGAGGCCGAUGGGUUUCGGAAAGACAUUUUUAAUUUACUGUGCAAACAUCUACACGGGCAAUCUUCAGAUGGCGAGCUUUCUGCUGGUCUCGUGCGACUUACUCAGCUAUCAAAUGAACAAUCUGAUACAAAAAAGACCAACACAUUCUCUAUCAAGGUGCCCUUCUCUCGUAGUGUUGCCGUUUAUAAAAGCCGUGUUCCUCCGCCUCCCCCGGUCAAUCAUUUCCCACCAAAGCUAUUGAAUUUACUUGUUAUCAAAAUUGAAGACGGAGAUUCAACCUUGUGGGUGACAAAAAGUAUACGCUCUUUCAUUCAUUUUUGGUCCAAGGUCAAGUACAUUUUAAAGCGAUCUCCAGAUGAUGGUACCGAUUUUCUGACCGAGUUCAACAUUUCCAACUGGAAAUAUUCUACCCUCGAAACUUUUGAUAUUUUUUUGCACAAGGACUUUAUGACGUCGCAAACGAAGCAAUUUCAGUUGGAAUAUGCUCGUGUAUUCGCAGACGGUCUAUUGUCAAAGUUUGCACAUGACCUAAUUAGCGUUUUGCACGAGCCACAACUGCAAAGAAAGUUGACCAGAAAGCUGUUUUCGUUUCUAUGCAUCGAUGAUGAGAUUAUCACCACCAGACCCCCCUCCUUUGAUCUCGGAUCAAUGCGUUUGAAGGCAUCCCACGAACGCGGUUCUUCAUUCCCCCGAUCUCUUCCCAUUGCAGGGGUCAUUUCCUUAGCCACUACAACCCGGCUUUGGAGAGAAUGGUUUUUUAGCUUUGCAGAAUCAAUUCCAUUUCUAUUCCUUUCUGCUGCUCAAGAGGCAGGUAGAUUUUCAAUUGAAUUGGCAAUACCCCUUGGUGGAACAACAAUUUCAGCUUACAAAAUCAUACAUUCGGAGCUCGAUCAAAUAUUUCCUGGUGGAAUUUUUCAGGUUCUUUAUUCUUGCAAGUUGGAUAUCUCCUCAUCAACACUUAAUUCUGGUAUUAAUUCAAAUGGUACUACCUGUCAGUUGGUCAUUGGCUUUAAAAAAUCAUCCUGUGCAGAUGCAUGGAUGUCAGGAUUCACCAGCUUGGGUGGGAAAUUCCAUCGGGAUGGUUUCAGUAAUAGCGAAAAACGCCUUUCAAAAUCACCCAUUUGUGAUCUUUUUAGGCCAUAUCCAAGUGAAGAUGAAAAGAAAGAUGAUGAAUCUGGCGUAUGUUCCUUUCCUCCCUAUAUACUUGGAAAACCUUUUCGAAUGGCUGUUGUCAUUAAUAGGCCUAAAAACCCCUAUUUCACACCCCCCAAUAAAAGGAGCUUAAAUCCUGUUCUUCUUUCUGCAGAGCUUUUGAAUUCUCUAAUUCUGAUGCUGGGCGGCCAAUCUCAAUUGCCGAAAAUUUUCACCGAGCUAAACAUUCCCGACAGCGAUCACAGUGACGAUGCGGAUGCUGAUAAUGGCACCAGCGCUAAUAGCGAUUCUAUGCAUAUAUACGCUGAUAAGAAUUUUUCGGAUUCAACCACAUCAGCUCCUGAUUCUGCGGACAAUAUAAUUGACAAAGAUGCUUCUGAGAGGCAAAAGGCAAAAGAAAAGUUUUUCAAGAGCCUUUCUCUUUUGAGGCAUAUUGAUCUUAUUUCAUUCUACAACCCAAGUGGAAUGAUUUCCCAAUUCAUGUGGAAUUCUAAAGAAAAGAUCUCCUUUUGGGUGAAUAUCUUUUUUACUCUUCUUUUACAUCAACAGUUCAUAUUGGCAUCUUCGUCUAUCCGGUGCGCAUAUGAUAUUGGCGGCUUCAUAUUCUCUCAAUCUGACAUUAGAUCUUGCCUAUUAAAAAGGCAUAGAUAUCUGGUCAAUCCGAAUAAUUGUCAGAAAGUGUCUGCUCACGACCCGCGGCAUUGGCUGGGUUCUAUUUCUGAUGACGAUCCAAUCGAUAGCUUGUUUUUGGUAUUGCUAUCUCCUCUCCACAUCACACCGGAAUGUCCGCUUGUUCUCAUCUUCGAAGGGUUAUCAGAUGAAGAGUUUCUUACCCGUUUGCACUUGAUUGCAUCCCGCGCACUGGAGCCUAGAAUUUUGCCCAAAUUUCCCCACUCGCCAUCUUCGCAGGUCGUAGAGAUCGACAAUUCGUUGCUUCCCUACUUUAAGUAUAUCGAGGAUACUGCGUUGUCAUCUUAUUCGUCUGCAAAAUGGCACAAAAAAGUUUUCUUCAAACGGCUGUUGAGCUUUAUGCCUCUCUCUAUGGUUGAUAAAUUGUUAGAAUGUCACAUUUUGAAACGCAAAACAAAAUCGAAACGCAGGCUUAAAUGGAACCGCCCCAUCUCGAUUUUGACCUAUUUUAGCGGCUCAAGUACUGCGGAUCAAAGUCAUUCUGUUAACAGCGAACGGAGCCACAACACCACUAGCAGAUUUUCAGACCCUAAUGUACAGCCAGAGUAUCCUCAAACAGCUCCCCUUGUAUUGAGUCCCAAUGACCAUUCUGACGCUGAAAGCAGCCAAUAUUCUGAAUCGUCCUCUUUAAACGGCCCAACUCCCAACAUUCGCAUCUCAGUUUCUUCAAAAACAAAAAUUUCAUUCACAGAUCUUGAACUAGAUUCCCGUCCCCUUCACGAACGCAUACGCUCGCAAUAA